GGUCCCGAGUGACGAAGGAUAGUGUAGUGCAACGAUAGAGCUACUGUAGGAGUGGAGUACUGUAUGAUUACUAUACGAUUUCUCUAGGGAUACUGUAGGAUUACUACACGAUUACUAUAGCUACUGUAGGAUUGUAGGAUCAUAUUAAGACUACGGUAAAGUUACUGUAGGAUUACUGAAAGCGCACUCUUUUGGUACUGUAGAAUAACUUAAGGAUUACAGUUGGAUUAUUGUAGGAUCACUGUAGGGGUACUCUUUGGGUACUGUUGGAUUGUUGUUGGAUUACUGAGAUUAAUUUCAUUGCUUUGAAAAGGUUUUAGGUCUGGAGUUAGUAGGGGAUAAUGUCGAGGUACCACUGUGGGACUUUAGUUUCAACAUUUUCAGUUUUAUCAAAAAGUAAUUAACAGACAAAACAUUCAUUGAUACCGAAAACUGAGCUGUAAAAAAGAGGAAAAACUUAUUUAAAAAAACGUAUUGAAAUAAUCAUAAUUUAGAAAUAAAAAUUAUAUUAGCCGUAAAUACACAUGAAAAUUCAGAAAUACUGUAGUAUUUGUCCAACAGGAGCAAAAGCACAGCUAUCAUUUCGAAAAUAAUCGUAACUUUUUGCUGAUAUAAAUUCUCUUUAUAUGCACAGGCGAUGACACUUCCUUGUAACUGAUAAGGAUUUUACGUCAUCAGAGUCCGUUUUUUUCAGGAAAAAGACAUAAUUAGAACGGUUAAGGACGAGUCAUUGUAAAUAUUAUCAAGUACAUCAUGAGAAUCGAUGAAUAAUAAAAAGUUCGCAUGAUGUCAGUUUAGCGUAUAAAAGGUGCAAAUUUUUAUUUAUUCUUUUUUUGAAACUCAAUUCGAUUUGCUCAAUUUCAACAUCUUUAUGACAAGUUCUGAGCCUUCGGAGACUCCUCAAAAGCGCUGCCUGGUCUGCGGGGGGACACCGAACGGGAGUCGAUAUGGAGCUCUGGCCUGUCUCGGGUGUAUUGUGUUUUUUCGAAGAGCGAUUUCUAAUGCGAAUGUUAAAAAUUGUGAUAACAAUUCAAAUUGUAAAAUUGGUUUCGAAACAAAAAACUGCUGCCGAAGUUGUAGACUCCAGAAGUGCCUUCAAGUUGGGAUGAAUCCGAAAGCUAUCCAGCACCGCGAUCUCAUUGGCCCACGAAAACCUGUGAAAGUUGAGCCGGAAACUCAAAAGUCGAAACUUCACCACCUUUUAGAACUGCAAAGAAAACAGUGGUCUCGAAACCAAAAACAUCAAGCCCAGACUGGAAGUUUCAAGAAGCAGGCAGAUUCAGAUGACGUCAGAUUUGUAAUGAGCCUCGGAUUCCAAAAUGCCUUGAGCUGGGCGAAUCAUUUUGAAACAUUUACGAAAUUGUCUGAAGAUCAAAAGGCAUUAGUUAUGUCAGAGUUUGGAAUUGCAUUUAUUCUAAUAGAGCAAGCUUUCAAAACAGCAGAAGAUACCGAGGAAGGGUGCUGGAUACUGCAGAAUGACACGUUUUUAGAAAUUUCAGAUACUAGAAAUGUUCAGGGACAGAAGAGAAUUAACUCUGAGUUUGCGGAUUUCUUAUUUAAGACUCUGUCGGAGCCAAUUAGGAGUUUGCAACUAGACAAGUUUGAAUGUGUGGUUUUGAAAACAAUGGUGCUUUUAUCACAGUCAUUUCCCAGUCAACUCUACCUGCCACGUUUCGAGGAAAACCGGAAAAACUGCAUGAAAACGUUGAUGAAAUACGAACUACGCAAAUUCCCAGAAACAGGAUCUCAGAGAUUUGGAGAAAUAAUAUUGUUACUGAGUUCUGUGAGAUGUGCGGUAAAGCAGUUAUACAACCAUACCAAGCGAUCAGAUCUCUUUAAUGUAAAUAACUAUGACGCGUUCACUAGAAAAUAUAUUGUUACAUGAUUUUUGUUGUCAUUUUGAUGUAAAUAAA